AUGGAUGUUCAGCAGCAAGCUCCCUCCCACAAAUCUUCAAAAAGGAAAGUGAUGGAUUCACAAUCACAACCUUCACUCUACUUAGCAAACACGGUUUUCUUCGGCAUUUUCUUCUCUUUCGCGUACUUUCUUCUUCACAGAUGGCGUGAGAAGAUUCGAACCUCUACUCCUCUACAUGUACUCACAAUCUCCGAGAUGAUAGCUGUAGUUUCCCUCAUCGCUUCAUUUUUCUAUCUUAUGGCUUUCUUCAGUAUUGGCUUCAUUCUUCAUCCCUUCUCCGCUUCCACUGCUGUUCAGUAUGAUGAAGAAGAUGAAACAGAGAUUUAUAAAACCACCAUCGCGGGAGUUGCACAGAAAUUACCUCCGCUACCACCAAAAUCCGCCGUCAAAAAACCGGUUACGUUGCAUCUUUCGUCCGAUGACGAGGAGAUUGUCCAGGCUGUGGUUUCAGGAUCAAUUCCGUCUUACUCACUUGAAUCCAAACUGGGAGAUUCCCGGCGUGCGGCGGCGAUUCGUAACAAGGCGGUGGAGAGAGUUUCUGGAAGGUCACUUGAGGGUCUACCGAUGGAAAAUUUUGAUUAUGAUUCUAUAUUAGGACAGUGUUGCGAGAUGCCGAUUGGAUUUGCAGUUAUGAAAAUGUGA